GAAGUACCUCGUUGUUUAAGCGUUAUUUGACCAUAAUAUAAGAAUAUUCUACGCAUCAACAGACAAUGUUUAAAAGUCAAAAUUGUUGACUUUAGAGUUGACCCGGACGGUUGGUGCGUGAAUUAGUGGUAAACUAGCUUUAAUUUGCUUACCAAAUACUAGGAGUAGCGAUUUAAAUGCCGGUCUUCGCUUUUAAAGCCGUUGGUCUUCCACAAUUGGAAACCCAUCUUCCUUUCAAGCAUGAGAGAGGAGCGCUGAGAGAUGGAAGCUAGCGUUUCGUCCAUGGAUGGAAGCAUUGGGAGCUCUUCGCCAAACGGCCGCUCCAACCAGGUUGGUCGAUCGAUCGCUGCUCGAGUGUGUUCUUACGUGAUCGUGAUCCUUCUUUGGCGAUGGAACGAAUCGCAAAACCCAUCCAGAGCGUCGAGGAGCUGAGGAGCACGAUCAUGGCGGCAAAGCUGGAGCUGGAGUCGACGCGGUCAGCGGCCAAGGCCCAGGCGGCGGUCCACAAAGCCAAGGUGGCGCAGCUGGAGGAGCUCUUGGUGAUCGCGCGCCGGGAGCGCGACGAAGCCAUCCAGAGAUUCAUGGAGCUCCAAAGCAAUGUGGUGGUGUGUAGCUCCAGCAUCUCGAGCUGCAGCCUCGCCGCCGCCGCUUCCUUCAUCGCUGACAGCCCCCUGGAUCACCACAGCAGCUUCAACGAUCACCACGAUCAGUCCGCCGAGUGGUUUGAUUUCCCCAGCUUCGAGAACAGCCGCGAGGAUCAAGCCACUUUGCUUGGAGGAGGAGGAGCUGCGCAAGUGGACGAUGAUCGUGGUGGCGAUGGUGGAUUCUCGCUGUAUAGCGUGGAGCCCUUGGUGGCAGCGUCUGCCGCGAUGGUGGACUCUAAUGCCGAGAAUCACCACCACUUCCAGCAACAAAGCCCAUUCGAUCCUCCUCCACCCCAUCUCCCUCCAAGCCUCUUCUCCCCGGCCACCACCACCAUUCUAAGCUCCUCGCUCCAAAACAAUGGCUCGGCGCUCGCUUCCAUCCUCACGCCCCUCCAGCAGCACAGCGACUAUGCCAGGGCAGGGAGAGACUUCGAUCCCUUGGCCAGGAAAUUCGAGGAUCCCACCGCCGUCGCCGUGGAAGAUCACGCGACCACCGAGAUGAAUCUCAACCUAAUGCUGCGAAAUCUCCCCGAGCGCGGCAAGCUGCUCCAGGCGGUGAUGAACGCCGGCCCACUGCUCCACACGCUCCUCCUGGCGGGGCCUCUUCCGCAAUGGCACCAUCCACCCCCGGGCCUCGAUUCCUUUCAAUUCCUGGCCGCGCCAUUCCCGGCCCUGAUCGAUCAGCAACAGCACUUGGGCAAGCAGCAGCAGCCACAUUCGUCCGUGAGCGAUGGCGCCGCGGUCACCAGCAAGUGAGAAGAUCCACAAACCCUAGAAACAGAGGAGGAACCCUAAAUUCGCGAAGAACCCUAAA